ACAUAAUACGCGCGCCGCAGGUACGGAUGUGCUUUUCAUCUUACAUCUACAUUACAAGAGGUGCCGCGCUGUUUGCCAUUUCGUUAUACUCUUACUUUCUUUCAUCUGAAGACUGCGAUCUGCUUUUGUCUCGUCACCUCGGUCAUCAUCAUCCUUCGUUCAGGUGCUGGCGUCAGUCUUACUCUACCCCAGCUGACGGAAAUCGAGAUCACCAUCGCUCCACUGUUAUUACUGUCUUGUCUUAUUCAUAAGAGAUCCAUCGUUUGCUAGAAGAUCCAAGCUUCAUAUCUUUAGCUCGUGGAAUUCCACCACAAAUCGCCACAAUGCUCUACACAGCACUUCUCUCAAGCUUUGCUCUACUACCGCUGCUCUACUCAACCGCCUCCGCCGACACAGCUUGCAAUAACUCGCCGUCGCUGUGUUCGAAGAACUACAACAACAUCACCCACCUCGGCGCCCACGACUCGCCCUUCCUACGCGACAAGUCCACCGACUUCUCCGAAAGCGGCAACCAGUACUUUAACAGCACCGUGCAGCUCGAUGCCGGCGUACGUCUCCUUACCGCCCAGGUCCACAAAGCAAACUCCACAUCUGGCGACGCAGAAUGGCACCUGUGCCAUACCAGCUGCUCUUUACUUGACUCCGGGACUCUGGAAUCGUGGCUCAGCAGCAUCAAGAGUUGGCUCGACACCAACAAGAACGACGUCGUGACCAUCCUACUCGUCAACUCCGACGACGCCGCUGCAUCUGAUCUAGGUCCCUCUUUCAAAGACUCCGGCAUCUCCGACUACGCCUACACGCCCCCGUCCAGCUCCGCCGCGCCCACCUCAUGGCCAACCCUCGAGAACCUGAUCUCCAACAACACGCGCCUGAUCACCUUCGUCGCCAGCCUCACCCCCGACACCGCGUACCCCUACCUCAUGGACGAGUUCACCUUCGUCUUCGAGUCGGCCUUCGAAAACACCUCGCCCGCCAACUUCUCCUCCUGCCAGCCCAACCGGCCCUCCUCGGUCGCGAACCAGCCCUCCGAAGCGAUCGACUCCGGCCGCAUGUUCCUGAUGAACCACUUCCUCGACUCGUCGGAGCUGUUCGGCAUCGAGACGCCCAACGAGGACGCCGUCAACGUCACCAACGCCGCGACGGGGACGGGCAGCUUGGGAGCGCAGAUGGAGGUGUGCGAUAAGCUGUAUGGGCGUGAGCCGACGUUUGUGCUCGUGGACUUUUUCAACGUGGGGCCCGCGAUUGCGAGUGUGGAUGCAGCGAAUGGGGUGACGGAUGCGGUAGGCCGGACGGCCGUGACGACGGCGAAGGUGGAGGAUACCGGGAAUUGGGGUGUGAGAGCGGGCGGGAAGGGGAGUGUGGGUGCUGUUGUGGUCGCGAUGGUGGUGGCGGUGUGGUUUGGGGGGUUGUGAGAGCUCCCCUCGGACCUGAUCGUGGAUGAGUUAUGAUUUUCUUUCUUCUCCUUUUGGUGGGUUGGGUAAAAUUGGUAAGGAUGGGUGGCAUCUUCAUUCUUUUUUGGCGUACUUAUUCUACUGCAUUAGCGACGGCGUUUGGAUCGGGCAGCGGCAUCACGCUUCAAAAGAUGGGACAUCUCCAUCAAAAUUUGGAUUUGGCAUCUUGUUGCAUCAAAGGAGGUUUGCUCUCCACAAAUAGCAUCAUCUAGCAUUGUCAUCAACUUGACAUCUACCCACGAGUUCAUCACGCACGUGAUAUCCCUGUCUGGCACGUCUACUUCUGUCUUGAUACAAGGGUAUCACGGCAGAAGAACGGGUAGAGUCUUGGAUAGGGUAUUUGAAUUGGCUCGUGCACAUAUACACGUGAUAUGACGGAGAAUGCCGUGUGUAUACAAAAAACGGGUGGGGGGGCAUUCUCUUGUAUUCUAUGCACUUGUGG